AUGUCAUUAACUGAAGAACCAAGGAUAGUUUCUAAUCCAAUCGAUUUACAGCCUCUUUCAUUAGUUAAGAAACAGAAUGAAUUAGGCCACUCAUCAGGCUCAAAUAGUACACGUAGACCACCACCAGCUCUUCCUCGCAAGAAAUCAAGUUUACAGCUGAAAAAUGGUAUUCAUAUUCCAAUUCAACCUCAAUCAACUCCAACAAAGGAUCAUAGCUCAAAUGGCAUAGAUGGGAUAUUCAAUAAUAGCAAUAAUAAUUCUAAUAUUCCUACUCCAGUAAAAUCCAAUAAUGUUUCGAAUACACCAGGGAUGGGACCUUCAACGGUUGAUCAAGAGCUAUUAUAUAAGUUGGCAGAAAAGAAGAGGCAAAUAUUUGAAUUAAAGCAAAACUUAUCUAAUGCUGAGAUUGAAUUAAAGGAAAUUGAAAAACAACUUUCUAUUAGCCAAAAUUCAACCUUAGCGGACUUUACAAAUAAACCAUGGUUGCAAAAUGCUCAAAAGACUUUUAAUGAAAUUAAAACUAAAAAAAGUAUAUCAAACUUCUUUAAUAAUAUGAAUUCAAGUACAGAUAAUCUAACCGGUAAUAAUAAUCGUCCGCCUAAAGUUCCACCAAAAAGAACGGAUAUUGUUUCAAAUACCGUUAAUAAUAAUAAUAAGAAUAAUUCUAUUUUCCGUGAAAAUAGUAAUGUCAGUAACAAUAGUAGUAGUAGUAAUGAUAGUGGUAAUAAUACCAGAAGUAUAAAUAAUAACUCCAAUAGAAAUAGUACAUUAGGUAGUUUUAACUUUAAAUCCAUUAUGAAUAAGAUUAAUGAGUAUACUAAGAUGGAUCAAGCCGAUGAAGAGGAUUUUGAUAAAUUGCAAGAUAAAGAUAUCGAUAAACUAUAUAAAAAUCAAAGAUUAGCUAUGGAUUCAGAUGAGGAAGAAGAAGACCUUUUCGGGUCUGAAUCAGAUUUGGAUCCUAAUGACUCAAGCCUUUUAGAAGAUAUGGAUAAUAUUCCAGAAUCUAUUUUCAGAAGAUAG